UUGGCCCUGAUUUACUAAGACUGUUGUGUAGGUUUCUUUGUGGGUUUUAAUUCCCUACUUUUUCCCCCCACAUUAUUUACUAAAGCUUUCCCAAAAUUCUGCAGUUUUCCCUACAUUUCCCUUUUUUUUUUUUUAUUUAUUUAUUUUGAAACACCUGCUCUGAUCUGUCGGUUUUUCCCCAGCUCAAAUCCACUACAUUUUCUGUGGAAACCUUAGUAAAUAUUUAGUUUUUUUGUGAAAAUGUCAGGAACACGCCCCUUUUCUGUGGUCACACCCUCUUUUCCCAACAGACACGCCCCCUUCUUCAGGUUUUCUCAGUUGGUAUGGUCUUUCAUUUCUGGCGCAAACAGAAUUCUGCCGCAAUGAGACAGAAUUAUGGCGCAAAUUGAAGCGCAGACAGAAUUUCUGGCACCAUGCCCCUGACUCUGGCGCACAACCCCACAAAACACGUCGGGUUUAUAAUAGUAAAUCAGGGCCAUUGUAUCAAAGAAUUGUAUCAAAGAUCUGCAUUGCUGUCUGCAGGUAAGAAAGAAUGUCUCCAUUCAGUGACAGCAAGCAUCGGGAAAAUGGCGAGGAAUUGAAACAAAGUGGACGUUUUAUGCAGAAUUUUGGCAGGAAAAACAGGUAGUCAGCUGACCAAACUAGUUUACACUCCUAAUGUAGACACCCAGCGUUGUCAGUGGACUCUUCUGCACACCCACCGCUCCCUAUCAGCAUCUCCCACUGUUGGUGUCUCCGGAGUGCUCGCUUAUCUCCCCAUUGUGCAACCUCCCACACCCAGGCACAGCUACCAGCACGAGCUCGCCGGGGUCCCACAGAUGUCCCCGGAGAAUGGAGGGCGCCCCUUGGCUUACGUUAAGCAUUUUGUCUCUGGAGGUAUGGGAGGAGUGUGCCUCACCCUGGCCGGACAACCCAUGGACACUGUCAAGGUGAAUCUACAGAUCCAGGCUCGGCCUAUGGGAGGACAGGUGCUUCAGUAUAACAACACUGUGGAUUGCUUCCGCAAGAUAGUCUCCCAACAGGGACUGCGGGGUCUUUAUAAAGGGAUGGGAGCCCCUCUGGCCGGGGUCACCCCCAUAAUGGCGAUGACGUUUUUAGGCUUCAGUCUGGGGAAGAAGCUGCAGCAGAAUCAUCCGCACGAUGUCCUGAGACCGCACCAGGUGUUCUCGGCAGGAAUGUUGUCAGGACUGUGCGCCGCCAUCAUCGUGGUCCCCGCUGAACGGAUCAAGUGCUUGCUGCAGGCGCAGGCAAACACAUCACCAAAAAGAUUUUCGGGACCUAUAGACUGCGCCAGGCAACUUUUUCGGGAGCAGGGCCUCCGGAGCUUAUACCGGGGGACUGUGCUUACUCUUCUGAGAGACAUCCCGGCCACCGGCAUGUAUUUUAUGAGCUAUGAAUGGAUGAAGGAGAAAAUGGCGCCACGAACAGGACGUGUCAGUGACCUCAGCGCCGCGCGGAUCCUGCUCGCCGGAGGUGUGGCCGGCGUGUGCAACUGGGCAGUGGCCAUUCCCAUGGAUGUACUGAAGUCCCGCUUCCAGACAGCUCCUGACAGCCGGUAUAGGGGGGUCCUAGAUGUCUUCAGGGAAGUCUUGCGAGAUGAGGGGCCCCGAGGUCUAUACAAGGGGUUCACAGCGGCCAUGAUACGAGCCUUCCCAGCCAAUGCGGUGAGUGAGGAACCUGAAAAAUACAAAUGUCUGUCUUUCUGGCCGAUAAAAUGUAGUUGUGGAAUUUGGUAGGUGAACCAGAAGGCUCAGGAUGAACACAGCUAACGCCUGUUUUCUCGGAUUUGAGGCAUCUAUGAAGUUUCUACAUUGGCUGAUCCCAGAUGUGUGACCUCCUGACAGAGUCCAAUACUGUGCAGCCCCCAAAGAAACCCAACACCAGAGCUCUAUGACUGCACUGCCCCCCAAGAAGCCCAACACCAGAGCUCUAUGACUGUACAACCCCAAGAAACCCAACACCAGAGCUCUAUGAUUGUAC